UUUGCACACUCAGGGUAGCUGAGUUGAUAAUGCCACAGGAUAUAAAAGCAUCCUUGCUUGGCCAGGCUUUGGAAAGCUGAUUUUUGUGCAUGAAUCUGGUCUGUGGGAAUCCCCUCUGCUUCUCCAAAGAGCCCCAAGACACCGUCUUUCAAAAGGAUGAAGACUGCAACUUGCUCCUUUCUCAUCUUCAUCUCCCUUGUCCAGCUGAUGGUACCAGUCACUGCUGAGUGGUCCUUCUACUCUUUGGUGGAGAAGCUCAAGGAAAGUUUCCAUAACCUAGACUAUCCUCCCUUCACUGUGGCUACGAAUAUCUCCUGCACUAGUAUCAAAGCUGCAGGCAGACUGGCUUCCUGUGCACCUGGUUUGGCUGUCACUGGCUGUGCUUGUGGCUAUGCCUGUGGAUCUUGGGAUAUUCAGAAUGGAAACACUUGGCACUGCCAAUGUCCAACCAUAUACUGGACCACUGCCCAUUGCUGUCGACUGGCCUAGGAAUGAGAAGACUGAGAACCCAGCUUUUAAAUGAUGGCA